AUGGACAUUGAUAAGGUCACUUUUACACAUAAUACUCACACGAGUCUAUUGAAGAGUUAUCAUCAAUUACAUAAUCAGCAUCAUAAUACUAUUAAUGCUCACAACAAUCACAAUUCGUCCUCGUCUUCGCCUCAUCAUCACCAAUACAAAAACCAUAGUAACCAUCAAGAUAUAGACAGUAAUAAUGGAAACGACGCUAAAAUUUACGAUUAUCAAACACCAAAUCCUAAACUGACAUAUUACAACUCUUCACCGCAGAAUUACUCGCUUCCUUCUCUUUCAUCACGAAGCGAUCAUGUUGGCUCAGAAUUGCUUCGUAUACAAGCUCAGCAGACUCAAAAACAUUUAGCUGCAACCGCCGCCGCACGUGCUGCUUCAACAUCUUCAUUGUCAAACAUGGAGAUUUCUUCAGUGCAAGCACAGCAGCAACAACCUCCUUCAUCAGCAGCAAUAACGACGAUGGCACGUGAAGAAGCAAGCAGCGACGUGAUUCUAAAACCUUACAGAUGCUCAGUACUCGGAUGCGAAAAAACAUACAAAAACUCGAACGGACUAAAGUAUCACAACAUCCACGGACAUCGUUCCUCGGGUCCUGACGAUGACGGUACACGCUCAGUCCCGAAACCGUAUUUCUGUAAGAUCGAAGGUUGUGACAAGCGAUACAAGAAUCCGAAUGGGCUAAAGUACCAUCUUGAACAUGCGCAUAAUUUUGCGUUUGCGAAUCCGUCUACGCUACCGUCGUUGCGUGAAG